UGGGAUGGGGUGGCAGGAUUCGUACCCCGCAUCCCCUCUGCUGGUAGAAUCUUAUUUCGGAGUCUGUGUGUCUAGAGUCGUGGGGGCGAGUCCUCAGCAGUCACCGAAGGAUCCCCGGAGGAAGGGAAAGAAUGGACAGCUGCAACUGCAACUGCAAUUCUGAAACGGGCCUUACCGGCCGAGGACACCGGUUGACUUGGCUUACGGCCGGCCUGUCGUCGGUCCAGCUCAUCCUGCAGAUUCUGCAGAGCCAUGACGGCCGAUCUUGCGGUGAAUCAGGGAUCAGUCGAGUCGAGUCGAGUCGAGUCGAGUCGCAUCCAGCCUCAUCGGGAGGAGUCGUCAUCAAUAAUCAGGGCCCAAAGUACCGUACAUGGAAGUCAUUCUUCUACCCAAACAAGGCUUCGAUUCUGCAGACGCAGCCGCCCGAAUUAGUCUCGCUGCCUUGUUCUGUCUCCCUUUGCUUUUUCCUGCUGGCAUGCUGGAUUGCUUGCUUGCUGCUCGCCAGUCUGGCACCGUAAUCCCUCCGAGCCCCGAUCACCAGCUCUCCUCGUCGGACUCCACGUGCGACCGGAAUCCAAAUCCACCGCGCUGCCGGCCCUCACUGGCCGAGUCGUCAAAGUCGAACUCCU